GGCUGCGGAAGCGACUUAAUCCUUGGAAGAUACCUGAUUGAGGCAACCGAUUGUUGGACGCAACUAAUCCGUACACAAUCCCAAGUGAAGCCUUUUGCAGAUAUUCCCAUCCACUCCCUUUCCCAGUCAUUGAGCGAUCAAAUUCGCAGGCGCUAUUAUCGUAUCGCAGAUCGCGGCUCAAAACGUCCCCAAAAUCCCAAACUUUGAACCAUAGGGAUAUGUUCAUGACAACCUAGAUGGCCAAUAUGUCCCCUUCCAGAGGUUAUAUCACGACCUACCCGCCACGAGUGCGUCAAUAUGCAAACGCACUCUUCACACCCGUCAUUCCUCAGACUCAGGUCGGUCCGACGCCACGAACCACGAAACGAGGGACUGCAGCCAUCAACUACGCGGAAGAUGGCUUCGACGAUGACGACUUUGAUGAUAGUGAAGGUCCCCGACGACCUACAGGUCUCAGAAGCCUUCGGCGAGAGGAAUCUUCGUUCGACAAAGCGGCGUUGGCCGAAAAGCUGGGAAAGGAGGCACACGCGCCAGUAGAGGUUCAAGGGAUAUUUCGGGAUUGGAUGAUUAAGAAGAUGAUACGACCCGCGUACCCCGGCAUGUUGUUGACCCAGCGAUUAACACGACGCUGCCUGCGUACAGGCGACCUGAUCCCUUACCUGCGUUUCGGAUCAAGGACACGUUUAUGUGGAAUCUUCAUGAAGCGUUUUCUACCCCUGAAGAGUUUGCUACUGGAUUUGUCCAUGACUUGGACCUUCCCAACCAGCAUGCAUGACCCUGGCGAUCGCUACCCAGAUCCGCCAGCAAUUAGAGGAAUAUGCGGGCGUCGCGCUACAUCCGUUGUUUCAAAGUACACAACCAAAAUCAGCCGCUCCACAAGCAGGUUUAUCGCGAGACGCAUCCAAUACUCCCGCGCCUCCCCAUACUGCGACACCGGACAGCCGAGGCACACUGGUGACAGCGACGAAAGAGCCCCUUGUAAACGACAAACAAGCUAUAUACGGACAAGUUCGAGUGGUCCCUCUUACAUCCUCCUGGGAUGGCCGAGGAAUUCGCAAAGGUUACUUUUGAAGCUCAAAAAGGAGGUCUGUGAGAGUGGCGGUCUAAUUAGCGGUCUAGGCAGCUACGGGACCGAAAUUGAUAAUCAAGCGGCCAACGGCGCUGAGGCAGGUUGGCGAUAUGACCCCGAAGGUCUCGGCGAUGAGUGGGAGCCUAAAGUUGAAACUCUGUCCAAGGAAGAAAUUGAGAAGCGCGAGGGAGACCGCGAGCGACAAAUUCGACGCUUACGUCGCGAAACAGCACGGUUCUCUUCAACGGCGGGCAUCACGCCUGAUUUUGCACGGCACGGAGGCGGCUUCUUUGAUGUUGAUAGCGAAACUCCCCUAGGACGGGGCGAGAGAAACAAGCGUAAGAGACGGUUCCGUAGUCUCAGUCCGUCAGGCAGGGGAGGUACACCUGGCGGGCGAGGCACCCCAGACACCGGAUCAGGCGCCGGCUACGGUGGAGGUGGUGGGAACGACAAAAUUGGCGGUGCAGCAACUGCAUGGUAUGGGGAUCAGCGGUAUGGGCUGUACGCGACGGCCCAGCUGGCCCAAGAGUAUGCGAACCCACCCAUGGUUCAUCUUUACAACUGCUAA